AUGCGCGCCUCCGCUCCCUUCUUAGCCCUCGCGGGCACCCUCGCCCUAGCUCAGGCCCCCUCCCGCCCCUACUCAACCUGGCUCGCCUCCUCCUUCGUCGCCCGCAAAGCGCCCAUCGACGCAGGCUACGGCCCAGCCGUCCUCUACGAAGGCAUCGCCCGCGUCGCCGCCGCCGCCUCCAACGCGACUCUCCUUCGCGCCGCCGAGACCGCCGUCUCCUCCCUCGUCUCCGACGCCGGCAUCCUCGACGGCUGGGACCCGGAGUGGUACUCCCUCGACGACAUCCGCAUCGGCAACAACCUCCUCUGGUUCUACCAGCGCAACACUACAGCGGGAGCGAAGUACAAGAUCGCGGCGGACGGGCUGCGGCAGCAGCUGAACCGGUGGCCGCGGACGCCCAGCGGUGGGUUCUGGCAUCGCGCGCCGAUUUACGAGGAUCAGAUGUGGUUGGAUGGUAUUUACAUGGCCGACUCGUUCUACGCGACGUAUGUCUCGCUGUUCGAGAAGGGGAAUACCACGGCGUGGGGGGAGAUCGCACUGCAGUUUGAUCUGAUUGAGGAACAUACCCGGAACCACACGACCAAUCUCCUCGUGCACGGGUACGACGAGGCAAAGGACGCCGUCUGGGCGGACCCCGUGACAGGAGCGAGCCCGUUGGUGUGGAACCGGGCCGUCGGGUGGUACUUCAUGGCGCUCAUUGAUACGCUGCAGGUCUAUCCCAAGAACCUGCCGGGAUACGCGCGGCUGCAAAAGUACUUUGUCACCCUCGCGGACGGGCUGGCGAGGAGCCAGGAUGCGUCGGGAGGGUGGUGGCUCAUCAUGAACGAGGGGUACCAGACGCGCAAGGGCAACUACCUCGAGUCGAGCGCCGCGGCCAUGUUUGCGUACGGUCUGCUGCGCGGUGUCCGAGAUGGGUUCUUAGAGGCCAAGUACAAGGACGUCGGGCUCAAGGCGUACAAGGCGCUUGUGAGGGACUUCAUCCGGGAUGAUAAGAAUGGGCUCAUCAGCUUCACGGGCACGGUACAAGUUGGAAGUUUGAAUUCGAACGCGAGUUUCGAGUACUACACCAGCAUCCCGAUUGUCGAGAACGAUCACCGUGGUAGCGGGUCUUUCAUGUUUGCCGCGAUUGAGGCCGAGCUGGCUAAGUAA